AUGGCGUCUGCAAUGGAGGUCGACCCCGUCGCGGGUGACUCGAUUGAUGAGGGCCUUUACUCGCGCCAGCUUUACGUCCUUGGUCACGAGGCUAUGAAGAAGAUGGCGAGCUCGAAUGUCCUCAUUGUGGGCAUGAAGGGUCUUGGCGUUGAGAUCGCCAAGAACGUUGCCCUUGCUGGUGUCAAGAGUGUCACCAUUUACGACCCCGCUCCUGUUGAGAUUGCCGACCUCGGCACUCAGUUCUUCCUCCGCGAGGCCGAUGUUGGCAAGCCCCGUGCCGCCGUCACUGGCCCCCGCCUGGCUGAGCUCAACGCCUACGUGCCCAUCCGCGUUCUCGAGGGCGAGGGCCAGAUCACCCCCGAGAUGGUCGCUCCCUUCCAGGUUGUUGUCCUCACCAACACCACCCUUGCCAAGCAGAUUGAGAUCAACGACUUCUGCCGCACCAAGGGCAUUUACUUUAUCGCUGCCGACGUUCGCGGUCUCUUUGGCUCAGUCUUCAACGACUUUGGCAACGAUUUCAGCUGUGUGGACCACACCGGCGAGAACCCUCACAGCGGCAUGGUCGUCCACGUCGAGGACGGCCCCGACGCUGUUGUCACCUGCAUUGACGAGACCCGCCACGGCCUCGAAGACGGCGACUAUGUCACCUUCACCGAGAUCAAGGGCCUUGACGCCCUCAACGGCUGUGAGCCCCGCCAGGUCACUGUCAAGGGCCCCUACACCUUCUCGAUCGGCGACACCACCGGUCUCGGCGAGUACAAGUCGGGCGGUAUCUUCACCCAGGUCAAGAUGCCCAAGGUCCUCCAGUUCAAGUCGCUCAAGGACAGCCUCACCCAGCCCGAGCUCUUCAUCACCGACUUUGCCAAGUGGGACCGCCCCGCCACCCUCCACGUCGGUUUCCAGGCCCUCUCGUCGUUCUACGACAAGAACGGCCGUCUCCCCCGCCCUUACAAUGCCGAGGAUGCUCAGGCCGUGGUUGCCCUCUCGAAGGAGAUCCACUCGUCUGCCGCCGGUGAGGGUGACCUCGACGAGAAGGUACUCGAGGCCCUCUCGUUCCAGGCCAGCGGCGACGUCUCGCCCAUGGUUGCUGUCAUUGGCGGCUUUGUCGCUCAGGAGGUCCUCAAGGCUGUCUCGGCCAAGUUCCACCCCAUGCAGCAGAACAUGUACUUUGACUCGCUCGAGUCGCUCCCCAGCAAGCUCCCCACCGAGGCCGAGACCCAGCCUACUGGCUCGCGUCACGAUGGCCAGGUUGCCGUCUUUGGUCGCACCUUCCAGGAGACCAUCUCGAACAACCGCCAGUUCCUUGUCGGAUCUGGUGCCAUCGGUUGUGAGAUGCUCAAGAACUGGGCUAUGAUGGGUCUUGCGACUGGCCCCAAGGGUUCGAUCAUUGUCACCGACCUCGACACCAUCGAGAAGUCCAACCUCAACCGUCAGUUCCUCUUCCGUGCCAAGGACGUCGGCAACUUCAAGGCCGAGUCUGCCGCCGCCGCCGUCGAGGCCAUGAACCCCGAGCUCAAGGGCCACAUCACCACCUACCAGGACCGUGUGGGCCCCGAGACCGAGGAGACCUUUGGCGACGCCUUCUUUGGCAAGCUCGAUUGCGUCACCAACGCGCUCGACAAUGUCAUGGCCCGUCAGUACAUGGACCGCCGCUGUGUCUUCUACCAGAAGCCCCUGCUCGAGUCGGGUACUCUUGGUACCAAGGCCAACACCCAGGUCGUCAUCCCUUUCCUCACCGAGUCGUACUCGUCGUCGCAGGACCCCCCUGAGAAGUCGAUCCCCUCGUGUACCGUCAAGAACUUCCCCAACGCCAUUGAGCACACCAUCCAGUGGGCUCGCGAGGCCUUUGACGGUCUCUUCGUCAACCCUCCCUCUACCGUGAACCUCUACCUCUCGCAGCCCAACUUUGUUGAGACCACUCUCAAGUCGUCGGGCCAGCACCACGAGCAGCUCAAGCAGAUUGAGCGCUACCUCGUCAACCGCCCCACCACAUUUGCCGAGUGCAUCCAGUGGGCUCGUCUGCAGUUCCAGGCCGACUACUCGAAUGACAUUAGCCAGCUCCUGUUCAACCUCCCCAAGGACCAGGUCAACUCGAACGGUACUCCCUUCUGGUCGGGUCCCAAGCGUGCUCCUGACGUCAUCACCUUUGACAUCGAGGACCCUCUCGACUUUGCCUACCUUGUCGCUGCUGCAAACCUGCACGCCUACAACUACGGUCUCAAGGGCGAGAAUGACCCUGCCGUCUUCAAGAAGGCUCUUGAGAACUUUGACAUUCCUCAGUUCGUUCCCAAGAGCGGUGUCAAGAUCCAGGUCAGCGACAGCGAGCCCGUUCCCCAGGACGAGGACGACGGAGAUGACAUUCAGAAGAUUGUCGCUGGUCUCCCUGCCCCCUCGUCGCUUGCUGGCUUCCGCCUCCAGCCAGUCGACUUUGAGAAGGACGACGACUCCAACCACCACAUUGACUUUAUCACUGCCGCUUCCAACCUCCGUGCGCGCAACUACGGCAUCACCGAGGCCGACCGUCACAAGACCAAGCUCAUUGCCGGCAAGAUCAUCCCCGCCAUUGCCACCACCACUGCCCUUGCUGUCGGUCUUGUCUGCCUCGAGCUGUACAAGAUCAUCGACGGCAAGAACGAGCUCGAGGACUACAAGAACGGCUUUGUCAACCUGGCCCUGCCCUUCUUCGGCUUCUCCGAGCCCAUUGCGGCUGCCAAGCAGACCUACACCGGCAAGGACUGGACUCUUUGGGACCGUUUCGAGAUCAACGGCAACCCUACCCUCAAGGAGAUCAUUGAGUGGUUUGAGACCGAGCACAAGCUCGAGCUGCAGAUGGUCUCGCAGGGCGUGUCGAUGCUCUGGUCGUCGUUCACUCCUCCCGCUCGCGCGGCUGAGCGCCUCCCGAAGCGGAUUUCCGACCUCGUGACGGAGGUUAGCAAAAAGCAGCUGCCAGCUUGGCAGAAGAGCCUUCUGGUUGAGGUCAUGGCCAACGACGCCGAAGGAGAAGACGUCGAAGUGCCUUAUCUGCUCAUCAACCUCCCGUAG